AUGAGUAAGCCAGCAGAAGAACAGUCUGAUAGAAUGGCAAAUAUAUUAGAAGAGCGAAUAAAAGGGGCCUUGCAGAAAAAGGGGGUAGAGCCCACCCAGCAGGAAAUGUGGCUGGCCUCCUUCGAUCUUUUGAGGGAAAGCGUGGAAACAAAGGGGGUCUACGUAGAGGAGAGUCUUAAAAUAGCAAGCAAGUAUGCGCCAGAGCAGCUUGGGGAGCAGGCAGAUGCUGUCAGAGUCUGCCUAAGCAAGAUAGCACACUCGACCGGAGGAAAGAGCUGGGGAGACAAAGGGUUUGUGCAGCUGAUGCUUAAGACAGUCUUUACGCCAGAGGCCUUUGCAGACCAGGAUCUAAUAGGGCGUGUGAUCGACCAAUGCAUGGAGAAGUCUCCAAAGACAAGAAAAAGAGCAAUUCCUGUUCUGCGCAGAGUAAUCCAGCACGAAGACAGCACAACUGGAGAAAGCAAAACAUUUUUAAAGCUAGUUGCAGAAGUGGAAAUGCUAGUGAAGGUGAACCAGACGCACUCAGGGAGAAUGGUUUCAAUUCUGAGCCAGCUGAUGCAGGAGAUCAUAAAGUACGGAGUGGCAGAGAAGAUGCUUCACAUUGCGCUUUGGCUGCAGAAAGAGAGCAGAAUAGCAAGUGUGCAGGCAAUUACCUUUUCCGAUACUUUGCUAAAGGCGAACCCACAGCAGUUCUUGCAUAUGCACCUUGCAGUGGCAGAGGAUGCAGCCGGAAAGGGAUGCGGCUCGCAGGAGGAUCUCCUUAUUCUGCUCAGCUAUAUCGCGGACAUCAUGAGAAACAGCGCGGGCCUGUCUCUUCAGACCGGGUGCGAGUUCGUUAUCCAGAGCGAAGAGUCUGCAAUUGAAGAAAGCAUAAAAGAGCUAAUCAAGAAGGAAAUUGGGAACAGCAAGAGAAUGCCACAGCCUGUCUGCGAAGCAGUUCAUAAUCUGCUGCUUGCUCUGAAGGGACGAGUGGCCCUCUUCCCAAAGCUUAUUGUUGUGCUUGCGCAGUACUGCUUUAACGAGAAGGACAUGCGUAUGAAUAAGAGCAUCGAGCUGAUUAUUGGGAACAUUGGGGUAGAUAAGUUUAUGAGCACUAUAAAAGAAAGAGAGUUCAUAUUCUGGCUGCCAAUGAUAAAGUCUGCUGUGCACUCAACUGACAUUGAGGUGUUUGUGCGCCGCUUUAUGCCAGAAAUUGAAGCAGAGAAGAGAAAGGAGGACAAGACAGACUACGAGGCAUUUUGGUCGUGCUUCCCAUCUUUCUGCCGAGGCAUGAAAGACUCAAACGGAGUCUUCGCGCAUCUUAUGCGGCAGAUGCCGUACUUUAUGUCCAGCCCAGCCGUGAGCGGAUAUAUUUCGCAGGGAAUAACAAUUCUAAUUGAGGAGGCACACAGAGACAUGGGGGCUGACGCAGCAACCAUAACCCUGAAAACCAACAUUCUCAAAACAUUCUCAAUUGCAAUUGACCUCUUUGAGAGGCUUGUGCUGAGGUUCAAGCAGAACCCAACAGACAAUGAAAGAGAGGCCAUCCGGUCUCUCACAAAGGUUCUGGAUGGGGCGUGGCAGAGAAGAUACUAUGCAGAUAUAAUCAGCAGAGCCUUUGUGUUUAGUGGAGAGUUUUUCACUGGAGAGAUAAAGCCAGACAUCAAAAGAAAGGAGAACGAUGUGCCAGAGACAGAAAGGGUCUUUAUAGAGAAUGCACCAAUCCUUGAGAUUGUAGCACACAACUACACACAGGAUGCAAAAUUCACAGAGGGCGUGCUGAGGUACGUGGUGUCCACGCAUCUAAGAACACAGAAGAUGGGGUACAAGGUGCUGCACGCUCUAAUCCAGGGCGGGUUCUGCCCAAGGUCCCUGUGCGAUUUCUUUAUGGACCAGCGCACGGAUGACGUGCUUUUCCAGUGCAGCAGGCACCUGAGAAUUCUUGUUAUCUACGAAAUCAUCAAGAGACACAACAUACAAGAGGGUCCUCUCCUGUGCAGAGCAGUGUUUGAGAUUGUCCGGACAGUCCGCACGGAAGGCGGCCGCAACAGAAAGGCUGCCUUUGACAUCAUCAACGAAAUGUCUGCAACAUACCCAGCUGCAGUGCUUGAUGAGGUGUGCAAGAUGGUUAUGGCAGGAAUCCCCACGGGCCUUGUGGACUACCAGGCAGGAGGCAUUGCCAUUCUCUCCUCGCUUCUGUACCAAGGAAAAGAAAGCCUGUCUGCAGAGGUCGUAGAGAUGGCAGUUCAAAUAGUUGAGAGCCUUUCUGCAGAAAACAAGUAUGCAGUUGGAAAGGCAUCUAUUGGAAUGCUGUCUGUCGUUCUGAUUGAAAUGGACCUGAUUGACAAGUAUCUGAGCCGGGCUCUCGUCUGCAUUGACAGAAUCAUAUUCCACUUCAAGAUGAAGCUGGGCGAGAACAUAAAGCUCAUUCUGCGCAAGAUAAUAGAGAAGAAAGGGUCUUCUAUACUGUCUGUGCCACAGAAAGAGCUGGUGAACUACAAGGCAGCAGGGCACCGCCAGGAAGAGGAGCAAAGGAUUGUCACAGACGCAGAUGGAAAGAUGCGAAUAAAGGACCAAAAGUUCGUUAGAAACAACAAAGGAAAGCGAGUAAAGCGAUCAUAA